AUGCUUUCUCGAUUUGCGCCCCGCGCCCUUGCCGCGCCAGCGAGACUCAAUGCCGCUCGCUUCACUCCGGCGCUGCGAACCGUGACCACGGAUGCUGCGAGCAGCCACGUCGAGCGUAGCGAUGUGCCCUCGGAGGACGACAAGCCCUUCCAGGUCMGCAUCUCCGACGAGGCAUUCGAGACUUACGAGCUGGAUCCGCCGCCGUACACCCUUGACACCACCAAGAAGGAGCUAAAGCAGAUGUACUACGACAUGGUCGCUGUACGCCGCAUGGAAAUGGCCGCCGAUCGUCUGUACAAGGAGAAGAAAAUCCGGGGUUUCUGCCAUCUGUCUACUGGUCAGGAAGCCGUCGCAGUCGGGAUUGAACACGCCAUCGAAAAGACCGACCAUCUCAUCACAGCCUACCGAUGCCACGGCUUCGCCAUGAUGCGCGGAGGAACUGUUCGGUCAAUCAUCGGAGAAUUGCUUGGCCGGAGAGAGGGUAUCGCAUAUGGCAAGGGUGGCUCUAUGCACAUGUUCUCCACUGGGUUCWACGGUGGCAACGGAAUUGUUGGAGCCCAGGUUCCCGUUGGCGCUGGCAUUGCGUUUGCCAACAAGUACGAGGACAAGAAAAACGUGACACUUGCGCUGUACGGUGAUGGAGCCAGCAACCAGGGUCAGAUCUUUGAGGCGUUCAACAUGGCGAAGCUUUGGGACCUGCCCAUCAUCUUCGGAUGCGAGAACAACAAGUACGGCAUGGGAACCGCUGCCCACCGUUCGUCUGCCCUGACCGACUACUACAAGCGUGGUCAGUUCAUUCCCGGUCUCAAGAUCAACGGUAUGGAUGUSAUGGCCGUCAAGGCCGCUGUGCAGUACGGCAAGAAGUGGUGCGCCGAGGGCAACGGCCCGCUCGUCUACGAGUACGUGACCUACCGCUACGGAGGCCACUCCAUGUCCGACCCAGGAACCACCUACCGUACACGUGAGGAGAUUCAGCGCAUGCGCUCGACGCAGGAUCCAAUCGCCGGACUGAAGCUGAAGCUUCUCGACUGGGGUGUUGUCAACGAGGAGGAGCUCAAGGCGAUUGACAAGCAGGCUCGUUCAUUCGUGGACGAGGAGGUCGCCAUCGCUGAGAAGAUGGCUGCGCCAGAUGCUACUCCGGAGGUGCUUUUCGAGGACAUCUACGUGCGUGGAUCUGAGCCACAGUUCCUGCGUGGCAGGAUACCAGAGGAGAACUACUACUACCCAGAUCGGGAGGUCCAGGUUCCCAAGUCACCGGCGCAGACCUAA